AUCCAACAGCAUGACUGCUACUUAGCAUAGAGUCUCACUCUAGCAAGUAAACGCGACAGAGGGCUUCGAUCUUGUACGACCCAACGAUAUCGUCGCUAAUCAAAUUUAAUCAGACGUCCCAAUUGUUUGGCCAAUUCUCCAAUAUAAAUACGUCCCCCCAUCCUAAAUGAAUGAAUCAACAAUCGAACUGACUAACCCAGACUUUAUUAAUAAAUGUAACUUGUGAAUGUGAUUAUUGUUAAACAAUUAUACAAAUAAAAACCAAUACCAAUUGAAAUAAAGGUAGGCAAGGUCUCUAGACUGCCCUGGAACUCUUCCUUAACUUUGAUCAUGAACCAGAAAUAAAACAGUGCCAAAUUAUUAUUGCAUGAUGUAAUGGAAACCUCUUUGGCAAAAACAAAAUAAAAGAGUUACGUCGGAGAGUUUGUUGUUGUUGUUGCCAAAGAGAAAAAACUUGUUUUUCUAGGACCGUCUAGUUGUUUUUCAUUUCAUUUUCACUUUCAUUGGAAGCAAACAACCUGCUUUGUUGAUGGCGAAAAGUGUGUGGAAAUGCUGCUGCAUCAGUUGCAAUUGCGGCAGCAAAGUGGCCACAACAUGGAUAACUCUAAAGUGCAAAAUAUGGUAGAAAAAUCGGAUAUCUAUAACGAUUCAGUGGUAUUUAUAACGGGUGCCACUGGAUUUGUGGGUAAAGCUCUGCUGGAAAAGUUGUUAUGGAGUUUUCCACAAAUCAAGCGUAUCUAUAUGCUGAUACGCCCUAAAAAUGGUAUACCAGUGGAACAGAGAUUCCAAGGUUUUCUAAGGAAUACUAUUUUCGAACGUUUACGAGAAGCCCAUCCGGAACGUAUGAAGAAAAUCUCAUAUUUUGCUGGCAACAUUGAGGAUGAUAAUUUUGGUUUGAAUGCCUCCGAUAGAGUGGAGCUGUGCAGCGAGGUGAAUAUUAUUUUCCAUAGUGCAGCAACGGUGCGUUUCAAUGAAUGCCUUAAAGUGGCAGCUCGUGUCAAUUCGGUGGCCACUUACAAUUUACUGGAACUCUGUAGAAAUAUGAAACAAUUGAAGAGUUUCCUUUAUGUUUCGACUGCCUAUUGUAAUCCAGGUCGUAAAUAUGUCGAUGAGAAAAUCUAUCCCACAAUGCCACCAGUCGAUUGGUUACAAUUUCUUACCUGCACACGUAAAAUACCCGAAGAGUAUCUUAAUCGUCUAGCCGACUAUAUAAAAGGACCACAUGUGAAUACUUAUACAUUUACCAAAUCCAUUGCCGAACAGAUAGUCAAUUCCUAUAGACAUAUAAUCCCCAUUGUGAUUGUGCGACCCUCGAUUGUGACAGCAGCUUACCGGGAACCCUAUCCCGGUUGGAUUGAUAAUAUUCAGGCCAUAAGUGGCAUAAUGAUGGAAAUCGGCAAAGGCGGCAUUAGCAGCAUAUUGGGUGAUAAGGAUAUGAUAUGCGAUAUCAUCCCUGUCGAUUUUGUGGUAAAUGCUAUGAUCAUGAUGAUCCACAAGUCUCGAUUGGGCAGCAUUAGCAUCUGUAAUGCCACUUCCGGAGUGACCAAUCCCAUAACCUGGCAACGUUUGGGCGAUCUGACUAUGAAAUGGUCUCGUAUCUAUCCCACCAAACGUAUGAUUAUGUUUCCAAAUUUUAAAUAUCGUCGCAAUGCCCUGAAACAUGAAUUGGCUGUGUGGUUAUUGCAUUUUGUGCCCGCUCUGCUAAUGGACCUAAGGACUCUAAUACUAAGGCAAAAAAGGCGUAUGGUCACACCCAUUGCCAAAAAGUUUCGUCAAGCGUGUCUGGCAGGCAGUUUCUUUUCGUUAAACGAAUGGAUCUUUAAGAAUAGCAGUCGCUUUCAUUUCAAGGAAAUCAUCGAGAAUGGCACAUUUCCAAUGCUCUAUUGGAAUCUUGAUGAAUUGAACUAUGAUGACUAUGUGAGGCGUCAUAUGAUAGGCAUAAAUAAAUAUUUACACAAAGAGAAGUUUACAGUGGACUCAAAUAAAUGGGUGAUUACUAAAAUCUAUUGGUUUUGGAUAUUUCUUCAUCUGUGCUUCUAUAUGCUGUCUAUUUAUCUCAUAUUUUAG